UUCGUCCUGAAACCGUAGAAGAAGAACCUUCGUCACCAUAACAUAAGCGUAGACAUCUGUACAUAUACGUGUACAUGUUUACACGUUUACAUGUGUAUUUGUUUCUGAUCAGCAGUUAAACAGUCGCCAUGCUUGCAGGCUGGUUCCUGCUGGCUGCUGUCGUCCUCGUCCUGGUUCUGGUUCUGGUUCUGCAGAUCCAGCGGAGAACCAGCCAUGCUGACCAGGAGCCCCGCAGGGACGCCGCCCCCCUCCGGCUCGCCGAGCCGGCCCCCCGGGCCGCCGGCGCCCCCCGCCGGAGACGGAACCUGGCGGCCGUGAUGGCGACUCGCCGGAGAGAAGAGCCCGAAGACGAGCUCGAGGAGGAAGAGGAGGAAGAGCAGCAGAACUUCCAGCCAACGGCGAAGAUCGGAGCCAAGAAGCAGAAGAAGUUGGAGGAGAAACAGGCCAAGAAAGCCCAGCGUGAGGCAGAGAUGGAGGAGAGAGAGGAGAGGAAGAGGAUGCAGGAGCUCCGGGAGCAGGAGAGGCGGCAGGAGGACGAGAAGGAGCGGCUGCUGGAGCAGAGACAGGAGGAGGCGGAGCUCCGAGCCAAGGAGGAGCAGGAGCGGCGGGAGGAGGAGGAGUAUCUCCGGCUCAAAGCCUCUUUCGUGGUAGAGGAGCAGGGAGAGGAGGAGCAGCUCUCCGAGGAUCAGUCCCGCAACUUGCUGCAGGAUUUCAUCGACUACAUCGAGAGCUCCAAGGUCGUCCUCCUGGAGGACCUGGCCUCUCAGUUCGGGAUGAGGACCCAGGACGCCAUCAGCCGGCUGCAGGACCUGCUGGCUGACGGCUCGCUGACGGGUGUGAUUGACGACAGAGGGAAGUUCAUCUCCAUCACCCCCCAAGAGCUGGACUCUGUGGCUCAGUUCAUCAGACAGAGAGGCCGAGUCUCCAUCACAGAACUGGCUCAGGCCAGCAACUCCCUCAUCAACCUGACCCCGGAGAGCCGGGGGGCCUGACGGAGGCCCCGCCUGACGGAGGCCCCGCCUGACGGAGGCCCCGCCUGACGGAGGCCCCGCCUGACGGAGGCCCCGCCUGACGGAGGCCCCGCCUGACGGGGGGGGGAGCCUGACGGAGGCACCGCCCCGUCCAGCCUCGAACAUGAACUGAAACCAGGUCUUAUGUAAAGGAACAACUGGACCGUCAUCUGAAAGUUUCUAUCAAGAUUUAUUUAAAAAGAGUUUGAGAAAAAUAAAAAACUAUGAACUUGCA